GGCAUUAGAUAGAAAUUCUGCAUUAUCGCGCCCAACUCGAAACACGUUCAAUAGCCAAUUCUCACUUGGAUAUGUCGGUCAAGAUUCCGAGAUUCAUUUGCUUUCUCAGUGUUACUAUAUUCGUUACUAUAUUUGUUCCGUUGCAGUCAAGCGGACAACAACGAACGAAACGAUACGACAGUAUUUACGGCAAUAAUAUCAGCGGACACGAAUUAACAAAUAUACUUGAAACAGGUACCGGAGUCUUAAACAUCCUAAUAGAAGACCAACGUUAUAUGAAUGAGCAGCUGCCGGACAUAGUUCCGCAAUUUGGAGCAGUGUACGAUUUCAUAGUAAUUGGCGCCGGUACGGCUGGCGCUACGAUAGCUGCAAGAUUAAGUGAGAUUCGCAAGAUUAAAGUGUUGUUGAUCGAAGCUGGAUCUAACGAAAAUUUGCUGAUGGGCAUUCCGCUCCUCGCUCAGAUGCUGCAGCUAAGUAAUGAUAUUAAUUGGAAGGACCAAACAAAAUCAUCCAACAAAUACUGUCUCGGUAUGAGUAAGAAUAGGUGUAAUUGGCCUAGAGGAAAAGUGAUGGGAGGCAGCAGCGUCCUAAACUACAUGAUCGCAACCAGAGGCUGCGCCGAAGAUUAUAAUCGAUGGGCCAAAAUGGGGAAUGUAGGCUGGGCUUACAAGGAUGUCCUCGAAUACUUUAAAAAGAUGGAAACCAUAGAUAUCCCAGAACUGCAAUCGGAUACUACUUAUCAUGGAACUCAGGGACCGUUACAUAUUUCUUACCCAAAAUUUCAAACACUACUGGCAGACGCCUUCCUAAGAGCCGGCAAAGAGAUGGGAUAUCCGGUGUUGGACUAUAACGGAGAAAAUAUGAUAGGAUUCUCGUAUUUGCAGACCACGACUAUAAAUGGCACUCGUAUGAGCAGCAACAGAGCUUAUUUACAUCCUGCAAGAGAUCGUCCCAAUCUUCAUGUGACACGCGAAAGCAUGGUAAAAAAAAUCCUGAUCGAUCAACGUACGAAUCGGGCGAUUGGUGUAAAGUUUAUCAAAAAUAGUCGAAUUAUCCAAGUGUUUGCGAGUAAAGAAGUAAUUUUGAGCGCGGGUGCCAUCGGAUCGCCACAAUUAUUGAUGAUGUCUGGCAUUGGACCCGCCAAACACCUUAGCGAACUCGGAAUAAAUGUUGUUCAGGACUUACCAGUAGGUGAAAAUUUGAUGGAUCACGUAGCAUUUAGCGGGUUAACAUGGACAGUGAAUAAACCGAUAAGUCUCCGACUGUUAGACAUGAUAAAUCCCACUCUUCCGUAUAUAGGAGACUUUGUGAAGGGGCGCAGAGGACCACUUACAAUCCCGGGUGCGUGUGAGGCUGCCGCUUUUAUCGACAUCAAAAAUCCAAAAAAACGUGACAGUAUGCCGGACAUAGAACUGGUAUUUAUUGGUGCUGGAAUUAAAGGAGAUAUUUUGUUUCCAAUUAUAAUGAACUUCAACGAUCGAAUGCGUAAGAUAUGGCAGAAAUAUAAUAGCAAUUACGGUUGGAGCAUACUACCAAUUUUGUUGAAACCAAAGAGUCGUGGACGAAUAAGACUAUUAGCCAAUAAUAUUAAUGUUAAACCUGAGAUUGCUCCAAAUUACUUUGAUAAUCCAGAAGAUGUUGAAACGAUGAUUGCUGGCAUUAGAAAUGCAAUAACCGUCGGUCAGACGAAAACAAUGCAGAAGUUUGGUUCACAAUUGUCGAACGAUACUUUUCCCGGAUGCGAAAACUACAAAUAUGACUCUGUUGAUUAUUGGGAGUGCGCAGUAAGAACGGCGAGUAUCACAAGCUUUCAUUAUUCUGGAACUUGCAAGAUGGGACCGAAAGGAGAUCCAACUGCAGUCGUCGAUCCUAGGUUAAAGGUGAUUGGUGUUGAAGGACUGCGAGUAGCAGACGCUUCUAUCAUGCCCGAGAUUAUAUCGGCGCACACAAACGUGCCUACCUAUAUGAUUGGCGAAAAGCUGGCAGACAUGGUCAAAGAAGAUUGGGGAUACUUGAAUAAGUCACAAACGUAAUUUAUUAUACCGUAUUAAUAAAAAGUUCUUAAUUGAUAUAAACUUCAUUACAAAUUAAGAAUUCUCUGCAUUGAGAUCAGUAUAAACUAGAGCACACCUUCUCUAUAUUAUAAUAAAAUAUAAAAAACUGAGGAUCAAAAGAAAAAGGUAAAAGGUGGAGAAUCACAUACUGAUAUCGUUAUCUUUUUUAUCCAAACCUUUCUAUGUUAAAACUGAUUCACAUAAUCAGUGAAAUAUCAACAAAUCCCUGAGGAAGACGGUGUAAUACUAGUAUGACUGUCCUCCAUUUAAAAAUUAAAAUAGUCUCAUUUCUCGAUGACGCACUCCAUAUAUGUGAGCUCCAUAUAUGUGAAUAAUCUGCAAUGUACAAAAGUAGAAAUUUUAAUUAGUUUUUGGGAUAUGGACAUUACUGAAAUACUUCUAUAAAAAAUACUAAAAUGAUUAUACUAUCUCGUAUC